AUGGCGAGGAAACGAAAAGACGACGUUGCGCCCGCUAUGUAUCGUCACUUUCUGUCAAUUGUUUUAAUAAUGUUCGCAUUGGUGGCAAUAUACAUAAUGCUAUUGUACAGUGAACAGAGACAUUGUAUCAAACUGGACAAAGGAAUGAGACAAUUGGUUGUGUAUGCGAGGAGAAUAUUAGACCAGUAUAGCCAAGAAGAAUGGGUUAAGGAACUACAACAUGGUGAUAUUGACUUGGAUGACACGCAGGUAAAAUCUGCAAUUGACAGACUUGUGUUAAGUUUUCGGAAAUACACUGCAAGAAAAGAAGGAAGUGAGACUGUUGCGGAAUCGCGCAGUAGCCUGACUGAGCAGAAUGAGUUUGAUUUAAGUGUUUUUCUAAAAGAAUAUGAUAAAACCUUCAAUAACUAUUAUUUGAUGACGUCACAUAAUCCAUACGGAGUUAAUUUCAGUGGAACGAUUUAUAAUGAGUCUCGCGACAGUCAAGAUCUUCUGUGUGAUUUGAAACGUCGAGCUAAGUACGACGUGCUCAAGAGAGAUACCACACCUUUCAAAGAAAUUGGAAUUAGCAAAUAUUUCCCUGAAAUAUCUUUAUAUGAAAAGUUUAAAGGAUUUGAAUCGUGUGCCAUCGUUGCUAGUGCAGCAUAUUUUAAGAAUGCCACACUUGGGAAAGAAAUAGACUCCCAUGAUGCAGUUCUGCGGUUUAACGAUGCACCGACGGAGGGAUUUGAAGAAAAUGUUGGAAGAAAGACCACUAUUCGUCUUAUGAAUACUUUAAUAUUCGAGGAAGAAAGAUUUGGCUUCGAGACAAAGGAUAUUUUUCGAAACAUAACUUUACUGGUGUGGAAGUCUGGGCCUUAUAAUGGCAACUUAUAUCGGUUUUACUCUCUUUAUAAAGACAGCAAGCCGUUUUUUGACAAAUACAUACAAUGGAGAGAGGCUCACCCAUGGGAAUCAUUUUACAUCAUGGAUCCAACACCAAUAUGGCGAACAUGGGACAUCAUUCAAGAGAAUACACCAAAUAUAACUAUCAGAAAAACAUUGCCUAGCUCAGGCAUUAUGGGAAUAUCUCUGAUGCAGAGAAUGUGCGAUACUGUCAACGUGUAUGGAUAUCUCAUUCCAAACGGUGAUCCGCCACUAUGUCACUACUAUGAUGGGAUGUGUUCUAAAGCCACCUGGCAUCCUGUAGAAUAUGAGAAAAAAUUAGUUCGUCAUAUAAAUUUUGGUAGUACGGACGACAUCUUGAAACAUGGGCGUAUGACUGUACCUGGAUUUAGAACAUUUCACUGUGACUGA